AUGAGCAAGCUCAGUCAGGUAUUUAUUAUAGGGGGCCUCGUAAGGCUGCUACUACCCACAUUGGUUCCGUCAAUCACCCCGACGCUAUCUUCAGUCGUGGAGUUGUCCACGCCAAUCACUUCAUUCAAGGCACUCAAAGAGGCGUUCUACUUGUUGAAUAACGGCAUUGAUCUAUACGACGGAGGCGUCAACCACAAUCCACCAUUGCUUGUCGUUUUGCUUUCACUAGCGGAUGCACUUCCUUACUCUGACGCGCUUUUCAACGUCAUAUACGCCUUGGUAGACUUGGUGAUUGCGUGGCAUUUGGUGCGCAUCAACCGGUGGUAUAAUGCCUACGUGUCCACGAGGAUGGGCAAGAAGCCGAUUGUUGGGUUCAAUGACGAUUUGAUUGCAAGUUUCUACUUGUUCAACCCGUUGGUGUUGCUAACAAACUUGAGCCAUUCGACGAUUGUGUUUACGUGGCUAUUUAUCGUGGUUGCUGUUUAUCAGAUUACGGUCAAGAAACAGAGUUUGCGUGGGAUGAUUUCGCUUGCCAUUGCAACGUAUUUAUCGUUCCAUUCGCUUUACUUGCUACCGUCAGUGUUGGGCUUGGUCCAUGCCACUGCCGUCCAGAGAGGAGGAGACUUGGCGAGGAUCUACGUGCAAAACAUUGGCAUAUACGUGGCCACGUUGGGGUUGCUCGUCUUGACCUCUUUUGCAUUUACGGCAUCGUGGCAGUUUGUUGACAAUUGCUACCUCACGGUCAUUUUGUUCAAGAAAAUCACACCAAACGUCGGGCUAUGGUGGUACUUGUUCACGGAAAUGUUUGAGUUCUUCUCCCCCUUCUAUGUCGGGAUGUUCAACAUUUACUCGUUCUUGUACGUGACGCCCAUUGCACUCCGGCUAUUUGAAUACGCCAAGACGCCGCAGUUGGGGGAUUCGUUCGUGGCUAUCGUGUUGUCGAUGUUGUGGAUUUCUUUCACCAAAUCGUACCCCACCGUUGGAGACUUGGGGUUCGUUUUGUCGUUGGUUCCAAUCUUGAAAGGCUCGGUCUUGCCACGGUGCACUAUGGUUUUUGCUACGGGGCUCACUUUGGUUGUUGCGCUUCUAUUAUCUCCCAUCUUCUACCACUGCUGGAUCGUGCUUGGCAACGGCAAUUCCAACUUCUUUUACGGGAUUAACUUGACCUGGGGAGCAGUUCACAUCAUGGCAAUCAUGGAUUUGCUCUGGGGCCAGUUGAUUAGAGAUUACAUUACCGAGAACGAAGUUAAAGAAGAUGACAUUGCAAAGCUUUCUUUAGCUCAGAUAUAA